CCGUUCCGUCGGAGGUCGGCAGUACCGUGAAGUGGGUUUCCCUGGUGCGUACAGUACGUACGCAAAGCAUCCGGACAAGAUUGAGCCCGACGGAGCAGCGUCCAGGAUGUCGGGUGAUCAGAAAACCCUCAUCAAGGGCAAUCCAUCCCAGUACGUUAAGUUGAACGUAGGCGGCUGCCUGCACUACACCACAAUCGGAACACUCUGCAAGCAGGACACGAUGCUACGAGCCAUGUUCAGCGGACGGCUGGAAGUGCUCACAGAUUCGGAAGGUUGGAUUUUGAUCGAUCGCUGUGGCACACACUUUGGUACGAUACUAAACUUUCUUCGUGACGGAAGCGUAGCAUUACCGGAAACGACCAAAGCGAUCGCCGAACUGCUGGCCGAAUCUAAGUACUACUGCAUCCAGGAGCUGGUCGAGGCGUGUGAGAAAGUGCUCGCUAAGAAGGAACGCGAAUCGGAACCGAUCUGUCGCGUGCCGUUGAUAACCUCGCAAAAGGAGGAGCAAUACCUGAUCAGCACAGCGACGAAACCAGUGGUAAAGCUGCUGAUCAAUCGGCACAACAACAAAUACUCGUAUACGAACACGUCCGAUGAUAAUCUGCUCAAAAACAUUGAGCUGUUCGAUAAGCUGUCCCUACGCUUCAGUGGGCGUGUGUUCUUCAUUAAGGAUGUGAUCGGUUCGAGCGAAAUCUGCUGCUGGUCGUUUUACGGCAAUGGCAAGAAGGUGGCAGAAGUGUGCUGCACCUCGAUCGUGUACGCUACCGACAAGAAGCACACCAAGGUUGAGUUUCCGGAGGCGCGGAUUUUCGAAGAAACGCUAAACAUACUGCUGUACGAGAACAAAAACGCGCCGGAUCAGGAGUUGAUGCAGGCGACCUCGUUGCGUGGAGCCGUUGGAGGGAUCAGCUCAUACACGAGCGACGAGGAGGAGGAGCGGACCGGUUUGGCUAGGUUACGCUCAAACAAACAGAACAAUCCUACAUGAUUCACACAUCAGCUAGUGCUGAAGAGGAAGCUGUUGCCAAAGAGGAACUAGCACCGCCCACUAG